UCUACUGCAUACGGGGCCAACCACCCUCCGAAAACCACUUAAGGCUCGCUGAUCCCAUCUUUCUGGAUCGUUUAGAGUCCUUCUUUACUGGAUCUUAACUAUCUCAAGUCAACCUCGGAUCUGGUCGCACCUUGGACUCGCGGGAUCUACCACACUGAUCAGCAAUCUUCCCUCCGCGGUUUCUUUCCCCUCCAAAAUCACCACCGGAUCAUCGUCGCUUCUUCCGUCGUCGGUUCUCUUCUCCCCAUCCAUCGCCAGCGUCGCUGAUCGCCAUCGUCGGCUUUGUGCUUCUCGCUCUUCGAUGGUCGAAAGAUGACUAUGACACUUGAUUCACAAUCACGUCUCGGAGCGCUCAACUUCGACCACAUGUCUUCCUACUCAAACCCGCCGCACUUCACCAACCCGUGGGCCUCGGCCUCGGGCCCUCCUCACCAUCCCGGACACGCCAUGUACCCUCAGGGCCUACCGCCGAGUCUCGGCAGUUUGGAUACCCUCAGCAAACAUCAGCCUCCCCGGCCAGGACCGCCUAGCACGUCGAUGGGCUACGGAAGCAUCCCAGUCACGUCGGCAUCAUCAGCAGGUAGCACUCUCAUGGCCGAUGCGUAUGGACAGCAAGACUUACUCAAUAUGCCCCAAGACAUUCUCAGCUUGAACCGCAUGCAGACAACUUCUGCUCCCUACGGCGAGCCUUCAUAUGCCACGGCAUCACCUGUACCAGGCGCGUAUUCGGCCUCACCGAGCUCGUAUGAUGGCAUGUCUGGAUACGCUCCAGCGCCCAUGCGCUCUACGUUUGCCAUGGGUCCCGAAGCAGACGCCCGUAGAUAUUCUCACUCCCUCGCUAGUGACGACAGACGGAGUUUUGCCGAUGCCCUUGAUGCCAGCCACGGUAUGCUGGCCAUGAGCCAGGAGACACCCAGAGCCAUCUAUCCCCCGCGGUCCCGAGGGUCAACAGACUCCUAUGGUUUCCCCGCGGCGCACUCGACCAGCUCAUCGGUCUCAUCUGCUAGCAACUACAGCAGCGGUUACUACGGCAAUGGGUCAAUCGACGCAUCCUCUGUCAGUGACUAUUCAACCGCCGGGUCGGACAUCGAAGGUUCCGUGACUUCACGGACGCUCCCUCGCCCGAAUCUUAUGACACAACCACCCCCUGCGCCGCAGUCCAUGAUGGGCCAGUUUAGCUCCAAGGUCUCGUCCAGCACACAGAAGAAGCACAAGUGCAAGGUGUGCGACAAGCGGUUCACAAGGCCCAGCUCUCUACAGACCCACAUGUACAGCCACACAGGAGAGAAACCUUUCUGCUGUGAGGUUGAGGGAUGUGGUAGACACUUCUCUGUCGUUUCAAAUUUGCGCCGCCACCGCAAGGUUCACAAGAAUGACACCAAGUCUGAGGCUGGCUCAGAAGACCACCAGGACGACCAAUCGGACUAAAUAUAUGGCCACACAUCCUCAGCCGACACUUGUGUUUUUACAGUGCUUGUCCGACUCGACACACGAGAAACUGGACGGAUCUCCGGAUGCUGGCGCCCAUGCACCUAACCUUUAUCAACCUUCCAUGCACAUAACAUUCACGUCUGUC